AUGGAGGAGACCAAGAGAGAGCUGGUGAGACUGUGUGAGGAGCAUCCAGAGGGCCUCUCUAUCUGGCAGCUGCAGAAGCUAUACCUGAGCACGUACGGCAAGCCUCUGGUCCUGGCAGGUUCCACCAGACUGUCUGUUCUGGAGGAGCAUCUGAGGAAGAUGUCAGAGCACCUCCACUGUUCCUCCACCGGAGGACUGACCGUGUGGCCCCUUGUGGCCCCAGAGCCCCCCACCAUCAUCGUCCCCUCGUCUCCAUCCUCCUCCUCUUCAUCAUCAUCAUCACCGUCUCCGUCCUCUUCGAGGGAAUGUGCAUCUGCCCGUGGGAAGGGCCGCCCCUCACAGACGAGCAACAGAGCUUUCCCCCUGCAGAAGCUAAAGGAGGAGAUGAUGGCCAUGCUCGCUAGUGUCCCCAGUGGUGUGGAGGUGUCAAAGCUGCGCGGCCAGUACAAGCAGCUGUACGGCCGACCUUUGACCCUGGCCGAGUAUGGCCUGGGCAGGCUGAAGGACCUGCUCUUGGCCCUGGGGGACAGCGUGUGUGUGGAGAGACAAGAGAAGAAGAACGUGCUGAGGUUGAAGAGUCAGCCAGCGCUGGACCAAUCGCAGCAGGGCUUGCUGGUGAAGAGGAGGAGGAGGGGUAGGGGGGCAGAGGAGGAAGAGAGGGGGGACGCUCAGCCGUCACAGACUGUAACUGUUACUAGGACAACAGCUCUGUCUCCGGCGAUGGAGAAGGAGAGAGAUCUGAGGGAUCUCCUGAACCUGUUGGAGCAGAGCCCCGAGGGGAUCCCGCUCAAGGUCCUGUCCGUGGCCUUUGGGCAGAAGUACCGUCGGAACCUGACGCUGUCCAGGAUGGGCUACAGCUCCAUGGCCGCCCUGGUGGACUCCCUGGGGGACCAGGUCCUGGUGAGGGGCCAGCAGGUGUUCCACAGGACCCACAGUCCCCCGGGGACCAGCUUGGCCCCCACCCCUCCGAGGUCGGGCUCUCCGGCUGGGCUGGACCCGCCGUGGUCCCUCUUCUCCUUCGGAGCGGGGCCUGGGAGUGUGAAGUCGACCACUCCCCCCUGCUCCAGACCCUCCUCCAGGUCCGGCCCCCCUCCUCUGCCCUCUUUCUGUCACUAUGGCCCCCCCAGCAAUGCAGGGGGCUCCCCCCAGCCUGCCCUAACCUGCUCUGGUCCAUCCCUCUAUAAUAGCACACCGGUCAGCUUGCAGUUUGGCACCCAGCCUCCCGUCAAGCUGCCGCAGCCCUCAGCCCCAACCCCAGCCACAGCCCCAUCCCCAGCCCCCUGUCCUUCACCUCAGCCUCCACAGCCCGCUCCCCUGACACCCAAACAGGCCUUCUCGGCGUCUGACUUCCCCACCCUGGAGAGGGAUGUGGGGCCGGCCCGAUCCCAGGAGAGGAGGCAGAGGAGUGGGACGCGGAGCCCAGGAAAGGCCCAGGUCUUCACGGCGGCCUACCAUGCCCAGCUCAGGCAGGUCCACGGGGCCAACGUCAGGGCGGCCGAGGCUCUCGGCGAUGAAGAGGGGGACGGGAGGCGGCGGAGGAGGAGGACAAAUCUGGACGCAGACACGGUCAACAGCCUGGUGGGGGACGUGGUUCGAGACCUGGCUGCUGAGGGGGAGCUUGUCACUCAGGAAGGGGUGGUGAUGCGGGUGUGCCAGCUGAUGCAGGUGUCCUCGCUGGAGGCCGGAGGGAUCACACGCUGGCAGCUGCCCGCGCUGAAGGAGCUGCAGCGCAGCAUCAGAGAGGUCAACAUGUUCAUACAGUCCCUGGAGGCGGCGUCGUCCGUCUGCACGCUGUACGAGGUGGGCGGGGCCCUGGCCAGCCUGAAGGACAAGCGGCGCUACGAGGAGCUCAACCUGGGCCCGCUCUGCAAGCUGCCCCUCAUCCACCGCAUGUUCAAGAUCGACUGCAACACCCGCGACGACGACAUUGUCCCCAUAGAGACGGUGGACAUCCUGAGGAGCUUGCGAGAGUUUCGGAGGAAGAAUCACAGCCAGGUGGACCCGGCAGCCUUCAUGAAGCACAUGGCUGAUCAGUACGACUCAGACUCCCCCUACAAACUGGGCAUCAGGAUAUGUAGCAUGGGGCUGCCCAUAUCAACCCUGAGCAAGGUGCAGAUCCUGGAGCAGAGCCUGUUGGAGAAGGCCCGUCAGACCGUGCUCAUGGAGCUGCAGGAGGAGGUGAUGCAGCGCACCAGGAGGCUGAAAAAGAACCUUCUGGACACGGCCGACGCCCUCCACUCCUCCUCCUCCUCCGAGCUCAGGAGGAAGUACGCCGCCAUGACGGCGGCGGAAGCUGUGAUGGAGGUCUUGAAGAGCGCGGCGACCAUCUGCAGGCCGCCCACAGCCCAGCACAUCCUGAAGUUCCUGGCUGAGAUGUCACGUGACCCGGUGGCGCCAGCGUUGUUCCAGCUGGCCAUCUGCGGGGCUUCGCUGGCCACGCCCCCAGGCCUGGCGCCCAGAGCUGACCCCGCCCCCAUGCGGAAGGCGGAAGACGCGCAGAGCAGGGACACGCCCAGCGGCCCUCCUCCCAGCGAAGCCAAGGUGAAACAGCUCCUCCGAGACGGUCUCUCCUGCCAGACCUCCAGCCUCACCCUGGCCCAGCUGGCCUCCCUGGAGACCAAGCUCACCGCGCACUUCCAGGUCGCCCACUUCUCCUGGCUGCAGCAGGGCACCUUCCUGGAGUUCCUGGUCAAGCAGAUCCAGGUGCUGCAGGAGACGGUAGGGGGCGCUGUGAGCCUGGGCAGCGGCAGUGAUCAGGGCUGUGGCUUCAGACCCAGCAGACAGGACGUGUUUGAGUUCAUCAGACAGUGCAGCACUGUCACCACUGUCACCCACCCAGACGGGCUCUCCCACAUUGAGAGUGCCCUGAGGGCUCACUAUGGGGUCCAGGACAGUGGUGAUCUGGGGCUGGGCUCGCUGCUCUCCCUGGUGGGUCUGUUCCAGCGCCAGCAGGGUCUGGGCAAGGCUGGAGGCCUCAGCCUGGUCUGCUACCAGGCGGCCCUGUUCUCCAACGAGCCCAGGGGAGAGGAGGUGGUGGGUCGUCUGGGGGAGGUGGCCCAGGCCCAGGCCCUGGCCAGCCUGCUGAGCUGCCCCCUGCUGGAGGAUCUGGGCCAGUGGAGCCUCUGGGAGCUGGUCUUCCGGCCUCUCCACGGCCCACUCAGCGACUUCAUCGACAAGCACGCAGCGAACACAGACCUGGCAGCCCUGGAGGUGACCCCAGGCUCACUGCUCAGGGUCACGACCUCUACGGGGGACAAAUUCUUCUCCCAGGCCGCCAUGACCCUUGACCCCGUGGGCACAGCUGGACACCUGGUGUCCAUGGUGGUGGCUGAUGGGAUUGCGAACGCCCCCACAGCUCUCCUGGCCAAUCACAUGGAGAGCUCUCUCGCUGCGGCUGUGGCACGAGUCGACGUGAGCCUGUCUGAGGAGGAUGACGCCUGCUUCGGUACCGUGACCCGCUUCCUGCUGGACUGUCUUCUCCGUAUCCCCACCAGAACCUGCCAAGCCCUGUUGCACCAGGUGUUCCUGGAGCCUCUGUCUCGGGUUCUGGGCCAGGCCAAUUCCAAAAGCAUCCUGCUGCGUUCGGCCCGGUCCGAUCCACGCUGCCUCAACCGCCUGCAUCAUCUGGGCAUCGUCCUGGGCAUCACGGAGUGGGCGAGAGACUACCAGGACAAGCUCACCGCUCCCCAUAGCCCGUCCCGCCCGGACACAGUAACAGAGGACCCUCGAGAGGGAACCCCAGUGCACUCUGGGAGCUUUAGUCCGACACCUCCAGAUACCAGAGAGGAAGAGGUCGUCCCAGAGGCUCCAGUGGACUACAGUGCUAACUCCUCCCACCCCGAACGGAACCGGGAUGAAGCCGAAGAGGAAGAGCUGUACGAGCUCACCUCGGUGCCUAACGGCCACGCGCAUGACGCUGAGCACACUCCUGGAGACACGGAGGAACGCACACCGGACGCAGAGGCGCCAUUGGCUGAGAAUGAAGGGGCCGAAGGAUCCAGUAGCCAAUCAGACACGGAUACAGUUAACUACCAGAAGGCCAUUAUUGAUGACAUCAGGAAGAGUGAGUUUGGCAUUGGGGUGGAGCUGAACGCGGAGGGCCAGAGGCUGAUGAGGGUGCACCAGGAGAGGCUAGGCCGCAGCCUGGACAGGCUGUCCACCGAGCUGUACAGCAAGGACACACACUUUGUUCUGGAGCUCAUCCAGAACGCUGAUGAUAACAGCUACCAGCCUCAGGGGGGCGCUGUGGCGGCCCUGGCCUUCCUGGUGGACCGGGCCUGCAUCACGGUGCUCAACAACGAGACGGGCUUCCAGGAGAAGAACGUCCGGGCCAUCUGCGACGUGGGCCGCAGCACCAAGGGCAAACACAAACACGGAUACAUCGGCCAGAAGGGCAUCGGCUUCAAGUCUGUGUUCAAGGUGUCGGACAGGCCCGAGAUCCACUCCAACGGGUUCCACCUGCGCUUCGACAAGACCAGCGGCCCCAUGGGAUACAUCCUGCCCCAGUGGGUGGAGGACCAGUCGCCCUUGGAUACACACCUGGCAGGCUCCCUGGCACAGCACAGCUGGACCACUAAGAUCUUACUGCCCCUGCGUCCAGAGAACCAGCAGACCAGGACGCUGUUCCACGACAUCCACCCCUCCCUGCUGCUCUUCCUGCACCGCCUGCGCUCCAUCAUCAUCCUCAACCCGAGUGAGAAGCGAGUGGUGACCAUGACUCGCAGAGACCUGAGCCACAACAUUCUAGAGGUGGAACACUCGGACGGUACGGAGCGCUGGCUGGUGGUGAAACGCACGCUCCAUCCCACAAAGGUCAGGGAGGCUGUGGAGUCCACAGAGCUCGCCCUGGCCUUCCAACUGAAGCGGGAUGACACAGGAAGUGACAUCACAGCCCUGCCCCAGAAGCAGCCCGUGUUCGCCUUCCUGCCUCUCCGCAGCUUCGGCUUCCGCUUCAUCAUCCAAGGGGACUUUGACAUCCCCUCGUCCAGGGAGGACGUGGACAGGGACAGCUCCUGGAACCAGUGGCUCCGCUCCGAGAUCCCCCAGCUGCUGCUGCACGCCCUGGGGGUCUUCACCGAUCACCCAGAGUUCAGUGGGCUGAGUGGGCUAUGUCACUUCCUGCAGUUCGUGCCUCUUCCUGACGAGGUGCUGGACUUCUUCAAACCUGUCGCCGGGCAGAUUAUACAGCUGCUCAAGGGCAAAGCCUUCCUACCCACCCUCAGGAAAGAUGGAGUUGUGGAGUACAAGCUCCCAUCCCAGGUGGCCGUGUGUCAGGACGCAGUGAUCCGCGACGUGAUUGGUGGAGAGGAGCUUGACAGGCACCUGUCCCUGGCCUACCUUCACCCUGGGCUGCAGCCAUCCCCGCCCCUCUCCCUCCUCACACACCUGGGGGUCCGACACCUGAGGGGCUCCGACGUUACCACGGUUACCACAGCUAUGGUCAAGGAGCUGGUGCAGGGAGAAGGGAUUAACUCAGCCCAGGGGCUGCGUGCUCUGGCCAGGCUGCUGGUGUGUAACUUCCGGGCGCUGCAGCAGGGCUAUGGAGAUGCUGAAGCCAUACUGCAGGCCCUCCGAGAGCUACCCAUAAUCCCCCUGGCGGACGGACGCGUGGUGGCGCUGGGCAGGGAGAGGGUCUUCUUCCCCAUGGAUGACAAGACCAGCAAGAAGACCUCCAAUACUCAAACAGGGUAUUUGGGUGUGCUGCACGGGGAUGUGAGUGUGGUGCAGCCCGGCCUGCUGAGCUGUGUGGAGCCCCUGGAGCGACAGCAGGUACGAGAGCUGCUCAAGAGGCUGGGGGUCCAUCACCUGGAGCCCCGACACCUGCUGCAGCAGCACAUCUACCCUGCCCUGAAGAGCCACGCCUGGAGGUCCAAGCCCGAGGCUGUGGUGGUGAGCUACCUGGUGUUCAUCAAGCAGCAUUCUGCCUGCAGCCAGGAGUUCGCCGACCCGGACACCGCAGUCCCCGUCCUCACCAGCAGGGGGCUGCUCUGCCCCAGACAGGACAGAAUCCACUUCUCUAAAGAGUACGGCAACAUGGACCUGCCCGAAACCCUACCAGGGUGUGAGUGGGUGCUGCUGAGUGCCUGCUAUGUGCAGACGGACGGGGACGUGGCGGGCUGGAGGGACCUGUUCUCCGGGCUGGGCGUCCGAGACCGCCUCAUCAUCCGCAAGGAGAGACGGACACUCUGCGCCAAAGAACUGGCCUCCAGCCCCUGGGCAGUGGAGAGUGCAUUGGGGCCGUGUGGAGCUGGAGGGCCAGAGGGGGGGUAUGUGCUGGAUGACUACCCCAGUGAGGAGUUCCUGUCCCUGGCCACCGCUCAGCUGCCAGCCCCCACCCUCCUGGAGCAGAGGAGAGCUCUGCUGGAGCUGCUGCACAGCCACUGGGACACAGGUGACCAGUACUCCCAGUACCUCACAGCCCAGGUGAUUGACAGCGAGGGACGUCCAAUCAAAGAAACCAAGUCCUCUUUCUCCCACUUCCUGUCCCGCCUCCCGUGGGUGCCAGCCUAUCGUCUGCAGCCAGGCGGAGGGAAAGACGUCGAGUAUCUUUGUCCUAACUCGGUCUACCUGUUCUCACCUGAGGUCCACAGUUUACUGGGGACCCAUGUCUGCUACGUGGACAUGCAGUCCAGUGAUAUGACCAAUGCUCUGGGCAUGAGACAAACCCUCUCAGUGGAGGAGGUGAUUGGCUACCUGAAGAAGUGGUGCGUCAAAUCGAAGCCAACUAUUGGUCCAGAGGAACAGGAAGAGGAGCCCGAAGGGUCAGAGUUCAAGUCUGCGCCGGAGCACAUCCACAACGUGUACUCCUACCUGCACAGGAACUGUCCUCCCAGCAGACUGAAGGAGCUGUUCCUUCACAACCCAGCCAUCUUCAUUGAGUACAAGAGGGGCGAGGAGUGGUGUUCUGGAAGGUUCUACCACCUGAAGGAGGUGUGCUGGAGCGACCCGACGGGCAUGUUCGUGCGGUACCAGUCUCUGACCCGCGGGCCAGCCAGCACCCUUCAGGAGCCCAGAGUCCUGGUCCCCUUCUACGGUCCCCUGGAGGGCAUGAGGGACCUGUUCACACGGCUGUUGGCUGUGGAGCCCAGUCCCUCCAUGCUCCAGUACGUGGGUCUGCUGGAGCUGGUCUGCUCCUCCACUCCUCUGGCCACCGGAGACAUCCUGAAGGACGUGUCUGUCCUCUACGCGGCACUGGGGGAGAAGUGUAAGACCACCAGGGUUGGGGACCUGGAGCACAUCCCUCAGAUCAACCCCAGCUACUGCUCCACUCUGAAGGGCAUGCUGCUGGAUAAGAGAGUGUUCCCCACCAAGGACAACACCUGGGUCAGCCUGGCCAGCAGACCCAUGGUCGCAGACAGCAGGGAGCUGGAGAAGAUCUUCAAACCCUACCGCGAGGUGUGUCUGCUCAGCCUGCCCGCCUCCGACAAGAAGGCCCCCAGGACCGGACCCCUCCACGUCCGGUCGGUGGUGUUCAGCGAGGAGAACCGGACUCUGUUCCUGGAGGCCUGCGGCGUUCCCCGGCUGUCCCAGCAGGUCAGCACCGAGGCCCAGACGGAGAACUUCCGUCCCAGCCCGGCACUGCAGGCCCUGGUCGCCUCGGUGGUCCCCUACGUCCAGAGGUUCCUCUACCACCACGAGGAGAUGAACGAGCUCUACCCAGAGCUGCUGGAGAGCAACAUCGCUCAGAGCCUCCGACAGCUCAGCUACGGACAGGUAGGGAAGCUGUACACUCGCUACCUGCUGACUCUGGCUGAUGAGAAGGCUCCCAUCGUGGAGAUGACGGAUGUGAUCUGCAUGCUGAAGGACAGGAGGGAGUUCUACAUCCAGAAGGACCACCUCUCAGCCAAGCUGGACAUCUGCAGAGAGCUGGCGACACUCUUCAGCACUGAGAGCAACCACAGGAAAGAGCUGGCUCAUUUCCUGAGUGGCCUGAUGACCUCACUGAAUGACCCCGCAGCUCUGAAGAGGUUCCUGCUCAAAGAGGACAUCAGAGAUCUUCCUGAGAACGAGGUGGUCUGGGAGGUUCCCAAACCUGUCGAGUUCAAGCCUGAACCAGUGUUUCCCGGGGGGCCCCAAUCUGUCCGUGCCCCAGAGGAAGCUCCGAGUCCCAGGCAGGAGACCGGGGAGCAGGUCCUGAACCACUGGCCCCCACGCUCCUCCCUCUCCAACGCGCCCUCCAACUCCUCAGAGCGUCAGGGGACUGGGCCGCUGGAGGCAGUGUUGAGGAUGUGGCCCCCACCCCCGGGUCCAGGGGACGCCGGGAGAGAGCCUCCCCCAGGGAGGGGCAGCGGUGAGGGCAGCGUCGCCCCCGACGGAGCCCCUGGACCCCCCCUGGGUCAGAGGUCAAACGAUCGCCCAGCUGACCCUAACCAUAACCUGCCUCCCAGAGACCACACCCACGCCAGCCACCAGGGUGCCGUGGCAACCUCGGGGACGUCGGAUCCAGGUGUCAAGAGGGAGAGUGGUGUGGAAUCAGAACCAAACACAGACUCUGGAUUGCACCGUUCCACAGGAAGAGGAGAACCCAGCGUAGAACCUGGGAGGGAGAGGACAAGUGGUGCUAGAACCCAAACAAACCUGGCUGGCUCAGGAGCGACCAGGCGGGGCUCUGACCCAGACCAGACCAGCCUCCGGAACCCUCCAGAUUCCAUCUUGGUCACCGACACAGUGGUCUCCAGCGUGUUCCAUGGGGCUGGAGGGGUAGGGGACUGUGGCCAGCGUCCUCCCCUGGCCAUGGACUCCCCUGUGUGGGGGAAGUCCCAGCAAGCACACCCCCUCCUGGAGGACCUGGAGCUCACCUGCCAGAGACCCACCACGGUGGUGUUCUCUGAAGAACCCCGCGACCUGGACAGCAUCGGCGCGUGGGGCGAGCGGCUGGUCCACUCCUUCCUCACCCACUGGCGAGACGGCGACGCCCCCGGACGCCCCGCCCACAUCGCCUGGUCCAACCAGAACGGGGAGAGCGGCCAGCCCUACGACUUCAAGAUGUCCUUUGACCCCCCGGCGGAGGGGGGCCGGGAGGAAGGAGGGAUGAGGGAGGUGUUUGUGGAGGUGAAGGCCACGGUGAAGAAGGAGAAGGCGUUCAUCCACCUGUCUGCUAACGAGCUGGACUUUGCGCUGAGGGAGAAGGAGAGGUACCAGGUGUUCAGGGUGUACAACGCCGGAGACGCACAAAAUGUCCGCCUGUGUCGCAUCCAGAACCUGGCUCAGCAUCUGCACACCAAGGACCUGCAGCUCUUCCUGUUUGUCUAGGGCUCUCAUUGGACGGCUCGAUGUUGUCGUGCUGGAACACGGAGGAUGCUCACUGCAUGUUUUAUUAUUUUAUUGUAUUAUUCAUUUUCCUAUUGAAUAUUCGAGAUUUUUUUUGGCUCUUUUUUAUUGAUCAACGUUCAGAUCUGUGGAGUGUCUCGUAUUGGGUUGUUUAAAUGACAGUUUUAUGUUUUUAACUUUUAUAUGAAACCUGUGCCCUAUCUCCGUCCACCUGUCUCAUGGGCUGCUAAUGUACUUGAAAUGCCAUUCAUGACCUACCUGUUCCUAGUGGACCCUCCUGUUCCACUGUACAUAUUUAACCACUUGCGUCAUUUGUUCCACACUGUGCUCACAGAUAGAGAUCGUUUGUUUUCGAAAAAAUCAGUAAUCACUUUUAUACUGGAGAUGACCUGUAAAAUACCUCUUCAUUCCAACCUCAUCUCUCUGCACUGUUUUUGUUCUGUUUCUGUUUCGGCUCUCAGAACAUCAGAAGGUUUAACACUGAUUGACCAGAGCUGAUACUCGCUUAUCACUUGCACCAUUCCUUUGUAACAAUAAAAGUGAAGAGUUUGUGUCCCA